AGCAGACAGAUCGGUCCUCACGCUUGUGCGGUCUGCCAGAGCGUGGUCGAAGGGAAUACGCAAAGUCGGGCGUUGCCGCGCGGUCAAGCGUUGCAGUACGGGUUGCGAGAGGAUCAAAUCGCGCCCGGUGCACGCGUGUGCAAUACCUGCAGAUGCAAAGCGGUCAGGGGACGGUACACGGCGUGCCCGCUCCCGGGUUGCCCGAACCUGAACAACGCCAGCUCGAAAGCCAGGGUGAAGCGACUGAGAGCCUUGCCAGUCAAGUGGCUCGACCUGCCAGCUGAAAUUCGCGACCCAAUCGUACAAGAGUUUCAAAUCCCGAGCAAUGCCACGAAAUGUUGCUCGGCUUGUUUCAAUCGUAUAUCUCGACGGCUGGCGCCUCACCUGACCGGCGGUGCCGAAGUUGCCGAGGACACGGCGGAUUCCCUGGCUCGGCAAUGGACGGACGAGGAAUUGGAACAUCUGAGGAGAGCUCUUCGCGAACACGGCGCCAACUGGGUGAAGGUCGCCGAGCAGAUACCGGGAAAGACGAACCAUCAAUGCAAAAACUACUACCUGGCGUAUCGGAAAAAGUUGAGCCUGGACCAAGUGGUCGCCGAGUAUCAUCAGUCCUUGGGCGAGGAGAGAAGACCUUGCUUGACGGACGAGGAAGAGAGCGGUAGUAGCACGAGCAGCUGCGACGAACUCACGGUUCACGAUUCGAGCGACACAGCCAGCGCGGGAAGUCCAGCGAACAAUAUGACGAGCGCGAUACCAGGAACGCCGAGCGUUUCCGCGUCUGCUACUCUGCCUAUAUCCUUUACGCGAUCGGCAGACCAAAAACUUGGUGAAAAGCUGCCGGAUAUAGCCGUGGUGUCUCUGGUACCACCGGUGAGCCUAGGCUCGUCGCAACAGUCUUCCACCAGCGGAGGUAGCAACGCUGCUUCCGCUGGCACUAGAGAAGAUUACGAUAGUUCUGCCACGGAGACGGCGGACGAGGGUCAGGGUGGUGCCGAUUUAGAAAAUAGCAGCGUCGUUGUGACCUUAACUACUGCCAAUAAUUCAACGUCGCUGCAGCAACAGCAUCAGCAACCGCAUCAACAAGUCCCGCCGUCAUCUCACUCGCCACCAUCCACUGCAAACAAUUCCAAUCCCCUGACCGUUAAAGAUCUUAUGCUCGGCGUCAUCGAGAUGCAAUUGAAACGGAAUCCCAACAGUCCGGCCGGGACCGGCGGAUCGUCGAUACCUGUAAAUUCCGGAACGCCGACGAUAUCUAGUAUAUUAAAAACAGAUCACCGGAACGACAUCACUUUUGUACGAGAAUAUAAACCGUCGAGUUCCAUGGCGAACACCGCCAUGCCUAGGGAUUCGAGUUUGGCGACCCUGUCGGUCGUGUCUGGUCCUCAUCACGCGCAUCGUUCUGCUCCUAGUCCGCAACAAAUUGGUCAAAUGCAAGCAACGAUUACUCCCUGUCCACCGACGGCGUCGAGCAGUCAAUCUUCAUCGGAUCUGCUUCCAAAAGAAGGAUUGGUCGUGAUGCAGGUGCAACAAGCGCUACGCGAGAGCACCGAGGGCACCCUCGACCUGAGCAUCAAAAAGCCAAGGCAACAACAAGAAUACAACCAUUCCUUGCAGACGCUUCACAAACCACCGACGGUCACCCUGUACCGACCGGAACCACCGUCGGGCGCUUACUAUCAUCCCCAUGCUCACCCUGAACAAGGACGCGGCGCGAAAAGUCCGCUCGUCUACGUAUCGUCGCCGCGACCUCAAGCGCCUCUUACACCUAAAAUGAACAAAGUUGCCGUGCCGCCGCCUCAUCCGAAAUUGUCACCUAAGUUGAGCGCCAUGGGGACGACGGGUCACAAAAGCGGCUCCAUCACGCACGGUACACCCGUUUCCAGCGCUCGUUACGAGGGUCUCCUUCGGCAAAUGACACCCCCUGGAAACCCUUGCAGCGUCGCUGGUACGCCGAGCGUUCAAAGCGGUUCAAAUGCCGUGAACGCUCCCAGCAACCAAGGACCCAAAGAAACAGGAUCCAUAACUCAAGGUACACCGGUACAUCCUUUCGCGGUGGACAAACGGGCACCCAUGUACGACUACCAUAGAACGAUUAGACACUCACCGGUGACGACGGGUAACAUUCCUGGACAAGGUCAAGCCCAAGCAGGAACAGCGGCGGUCGUAGUGACUCAUAGCAAUCAAUACAACUCUUACUCGGGUCGGCCACCGCCCAGCUACACGAUGGAACAGCAAUUAUCAUCGAGACAAAUUAUCAUGAACGAUUAUAUAACCAGCCAACAGAUGCAUGCGCGUAGUCGAAGUAGCGGUACGAACGAAGGUGGUAGCAAGAACGAGGCGCCCUCGACGUUGUAUUACACGAGUACUCCGCCGCCGCCGCCGCCGCAAACGCAUACACAGCCUCGGCAGGGUGUCAUACAAAGGCACAACACGCAAAAACAAAUUCAUUAUCCGCCUCCGCCGCCGGGACUGGAGGCCUUUUCUAGUUUAGUAGACGUCGCUGUGCAACAACCAAGUCUUCCGGUUCCUCAUCCGCAUAGUCAUCCCGCGUCUGGAAGUAGCAGUCACGAGGGUCUCGGUAAAACGAUGGCGGACAGGCUGUUGGCCGAUCGCUACGCGGACAAGCAUCGUCUGGCGAUGCAUCAAGCCGAUCACAGAAUGGCCGUGGCGCACCAUCAUCAACGCGAUAGAGAAAGAGAACGGGAUUUGGCUCAUUUACGGGAGAAAGAAGAGUACAGGCUGCAACGGGAGAAGGAAAUUAUUCAACAGCAAGAGCACAGAAUGCAACAGAGGGAAAAGGACGCGCAGCACGCCGAGCAUAGGUUAUCGAUACAGCAGCGAGAAAAAGAUAUACAGCAACACACCGACCACCGUCUGACCGUCCAUCAGCAGAGAGAAAAGGAAAUUCAGCAACACAUGGCGGUGGCAGCUGCUCAACGAGAGAAGGAACACCAGGAGCAUCGUUUAGCGGUACAACAACAAAGAGAAAGAGAUCUGCAUAUGCAACAACAACAACAACAACAGCAGCAGCAGCAGCAACAGCAACAGCAACUUCAGCAGCAUAUACAGCAGCAGCAAAGGAUGGAGGCUGAAAGAAGGCACAUGGCUCAAUUGUACAGAGAUCAACAGCAGCAGCAACUAGACAGGGACGCAAACAGAUUGAUAAGCAGCGGAUUUUCACAAUCCUCCAGGCAUCAACAACCGCAGCAGCAGCAGCAGCAGCAGCAACAACAGCAACAAUCGUCGUCUAAACAGAGUCAGUCCUCCAGUCAACAACAAAAUGAAACGGGAUCUACUUUAACCGCCGCCAGUCUGAUAGACGCUAUUAUAACUCAUCAAAUUAAUCAAAGCGCCGAAAAUACUGGCGGAAACUCUCAACCGCAACGACCUGGCGAUCGCCUUUUUCAGGGAUUUCAUCGGGAAGUUCCAGCGGAACCCAAUGGGAUGGCCCAUAGUCCCGCCGGCGAGGGAAACGGUGGUAACAGCGGAUCGGGAAACACGGGUGGCAACGGAAGUGGAAAUAAACCGAUUACUCUUGGAGAACACGUCGAUCAUAUUGUUUCUACAGAUUACGGCCCUUCACAUUCCUCGUACAGAUCGUACACCGGGUAUCAAAUCUCGGAAGAUCAAUGGAAGAGACGGAAAGCCAACGAAUCCAAUUCCGUUAAAACUGGAGACGAACGUCAGAUAAUACGUGUCACGCAGCAACAAUCGCAGCAGCAACAACAACAGCAGCAACAACAGCAGCAGCAACAACAACAGCAGCAGCAGCAACAACAACAACAACAACAACAACAACAUCACCAACAGCAACACCAGCAGGCACCAUCCUCGGUAGGAAAGCAACAGUUCCAUUCUGUUGAACCCGUUUCGCCCCCGGAAGCAGGUACCAACCAUUACGGACGUCGCUUGUACGAAACAACCACUGCCACGUCAACUUCCGGAACUCCUUCCAAUAAGCCGCAUCUCUCGCCGUUGGAUUACGUUAAGAAUAAGAUUGUCGAAGUUAUGCGUACAUCCGAGGACGAUAAAGGUGGCGGCGCCGCGGGUGAUAGGAACGGUGGGAACGCGACCGGCGGGGAAAAGGACGAAAAGAUGGGAGGGAACGUCGAGAGUCCUUCCAGCGGUGAAAUGAUGGUCGACGAAACGCCGAAUCAAGCACCGCAACCGCCUGCACCCGCUCCUACCACUACCUUUUAUCCUUUUAGUGCGUUAGGCGUGCACACCGGCCCGCCGCCGGCGCCACCGCCUCCGACAUCCGGAUCUAGUUCUGUGAAGACCGAACAAAUGCAAGCUGAACCGGCACCGUUGCUUUCCGCGCAGUACGAACCACUCUCCGACGAGGAUUGAUAGUCUAAUAAUCUAGCGACGUACAGAUCAACUUGCUGUGACAACUUUCUUAGGGUAUUUAUACGGUUUGUUCAAUCUCGACGAAAGUUUUAUCCAGGCGACGAUAACGAUCGAAUAUUUCGUAAUUUACCAAUGUUUUCGGGCGUCAGCCAUUACGUUCUUACUGGUCGUCAAAUUCUCAUCCUAAUCGAACAGAGAUUCGUUUCUCCUUUCUGUUUCGUUGUCUUCUUCUUCUUCUUCUUCUUCUUCUUCUU